AUGGUUGCCAUCUACGCUCUGAGCCUCGCGCUCGUGCUGACAGUGGCCCUGGCUAUGCCCUCUCCCCGGGAUGCUACUGCACCCUCCUCUGCGGACGUUACCCCCCUACCCUCUACGGCCUCCAGUUCGCUGGAGACGGCCUCUUCCCAGCUUGACCAGCUCGCCAACUUUGCGUACAACGUCACCACUGACGACAUAUCGAACAACGCAAGCACCAAGCGCGGCAGCUGCUCAAGCAGCAACCUGCGCAUCCGGCGCGACUGGAGAGCCUUUUCGUCCUCGCAGAAGAAGGCAUUCAUCAGGUCUGUUCGUUGUCUGCAACAGCUGCCUGCACGCACCCCGUCCAGCGUCGCUGCUGGGGCAAAAACUCGGUAUGACGACUUUGUAGCGACGCAUAUCCAACAGACCUUGAGCAUCCACUAUACUGGAACGUUCCUGGCCUGGCACCGCUACUUCAUCUAUCAGUUUGAGCAGGCCUUGCGCGACGAGUGUGGAUACACUGGCGAGUACCCAUACUGGAACUGGCCCGCGGACGCCCACUCCAUAGAAACCUCCCCCGUCUUCGACGGCAGCGACACCUCCAAGUCCGGCAACGGUGCAUACGUCCCCAACAAGGGUGACAUCGCAUUGACGCUGGGCAACUACCCGAUCAUCUACCUCCCCGCCGGCACCGGCGGCGGCUGCGUCACCAGCGGGCCCUUUGUGAAUUACACGGUCAACCUGGGCCCUGCAGGGCUCAGCCUUCCCGGCGGGGGAAUGGCCGUGCAGCCCACCCCCCUUGACUACAACCCGCGGUGCCUGAAGCGCGAUCUCUCGACCACGAUUCUCCAGCGUUAUUCCAAUGCCACCGCCGUCGUGAAGCUCCUCCUCGACAACAAGGAUAUCUGGGAUUUCCAGAUAGCUAUGCAGGGGGUCCCCGGCAGCGGGUCGAUCGGCGUCCACGGCGGCGGCCACUACUCCAUGGGCGGCGAUCCCGGCCGGGACGUGUUCGUCAGCCCCGGGGAUCCGGCCUUCUGGCUGCAUCAUGGGAUGAUCGACCGCGUGUGGUGGAUCUGGCAGGCGUUGGAUGUCAAGAACAGGCAGUAUGCUAUCUCGGGGACCGGCACGUUCCUGAACUUUCCGGCGUCGCCUAACACGACGCUCAGCACGAUGGUGGAUAUUGGGUAUGCCAAUGGGGGGCCGAUUGCCAUGCAGGAUCUGAUGAGUACGACCGCGGGGCCUUUUUGCUAUGUCUAUCUGUAG